CCUUAUGUCCCAAAUAGCUUGAAGUAUUACCGCUUGAAACAGCGCACGUAGAACUUAUUUUCUGUUGUUUAAUUCAGCUUGCUGGUGACAUUUCGAGAUGAAGUUCUCAGUAAGCCUUUUGCUUACCUUGAUCGCAGCCGUCACUGCUAAUGAGGGGCUUGAGGUCGACGAUGGCGAAGCGGUGUACGUUAAACUCAAAGCUACCUUCCAAAGAAAGGACUUAUCAGGAAACACCGUCGGGGGCUCGCUCCUCUCCGUUGCCUGCGAGAGGGAUCUGGCUUCCAGCAAGAUCUGCCAGAACUUCGACACCGACAUUGUUGAUUUGGUGAACCAACAGAUCAACAAGGAGUUCGAGGCCAGUUAUUACUACAUGGGACUGUCCUCUUUCUUCUCCCGAGAUGACGUGGCCCUCAACGGAUUUGCCAAGUUUUUUAAGAAGGCCUCGGACGAGGAACGUGAGCACGGCAUGAAGCUGAUGGAUUACCUCAACAGGCGUGGCGCUCAAGUCCGGCUACACAAUAUCAAGCACCCAACUCACUUCAGAAAUGACAACAUGGACGGACUGAAGGCCGUGAACGAAGCACUGAAGCUAGAAAAGCUUGUGAACCAGUAUCUGCUUACUCUGCAUAAGAAGGCUCAAGAUGUUAACGACCCACAUCUGACCGACUUCCUGGAGUCCCAUUACCUGGAGGAACAGGUGGAGAGCAUCAAGCAGCUCGGGGACUUCUCCACCAAGCUCCGUCGUCUGACCAGCGGCACCGACUCCGAGGGAGUUGGCAUCCACAUGUUUGACAAGGAAUUGGAAAGCAUGUAAACCUAUGGAACACUCAAUUGACUCAAUUAUUAACAAACUGCGAACAUUUCAUCCCCGGAAUGCUUGAUCUCCGUUUUGUUUCGCUUCACAGCAACUUUUCCUGCCGUUGCGAGAUAUGCUUUUGAAUUCUUAUAACCAAAAUAGUUUAGACUUUCUCCAAGCGAAGCCCUGACAAGAUAUUACGUGUAGGUUCGCUGGCAAUUUCAUGAACUGCCAUUCCUAAUUUAGUCAUUCAAGGGCAAAAGCCUAUAUAAAGAGGAACCCAAAACUGGUCGUCUGUUCGCCAUUCCUUAUAGUCUGCUGGGUGACGUAGACGUUUGUGAAGAAAUGGAAAAUACUAGCUUCAGAAAUUGACAUAUGAACUGAUUAUGAAAUUUAUUAAAGAUUAUAUCGAUUUCAAUUGACAAAACUAAAAUUUCUAUUAAGACUAUUUUUAAAAAAGAAGGCAAAGUGCCAAAACCUCAGUGCCAUUUAUAGCAUUUCUGUGAUUUUUACGACAUGAAACCAUCAGUGAUACCAGGAUAAAACUAUGGAUACUAUGGAUGGACAGACAUCGACUUCAUUUUCUAUCGCCUGAGACACCACCGACAGGGUACUAGUACCGUUUUACUUGCUCAACAGACUUACAACCGUCGUAUAAGAUGAAAUUUUCUUACAUUGCAAAAUAGUGCACAACUCUUUGAAAAGACUCCAUAAAUAUUAACCUCCGUAAAGGAAACACAUUCCGAUUAACUUUUAUUAUCCUAAUAACAGAAAUACAUUUUAAUGAGUAAAAUGAUAUACAAUGA